AUAGGUUUGUUUAUUUAGUCACAGAAUUCUUGCGUGAUGUGACACUUACAAAUGUUUGAAAACAGCCUAAAACGUUGUGUGUCAUCUCAUGGAUCAUGUUAGUCAGAACAGUUAUGUACACUGUUUUUGUAAAGCUUCAGUAGCUUAAAAGUAAGUCUAUUAUUGUGGUGUAGUUCGUAAGCUUACGCUUUUGUUAAAACAACAAUAUAAAAGCAGAAAUAAGAGUUGACUGCAGGUUUUAUUUAAUAAAAAGCCUACACAGUUUACAGUUAGUGCAAUAUAAUUAAUAUAACAUGCCAAGUGCUAUUCUUAAUGAAUCCGGCCAAAUUCGAUGUGGCCAAACAUUUGUGGUUGGUUCAUCAUCUGUUGGAAGUAGAUUAGCUGGGGAUGAUCCAGUUGGGAGCCGUCUCGCAUCUGCUGGUGUAACAGUCAAUACACAGUCAACACAGGAUAAAAAUAAAUCACCAGUUUAUAAUCCUCAUGCUCCUCUUGGGUUGAGCAGAUCAGCCUCCAAGUCAAUGGGGUUUGGUAACACCAUGGAUACGGCCAACACAACAUCAAGAAUAUCAAAUCUAACUUUCCAGGACGUUCAACAAGCUGCAGCUGUUAAGGCAGAGACGAUUAAAACAUGGAGCGUUAAGACUUACAAGUGUACCAAGCAAAUACUUUCUGAGAAACUCGGCCGAGGAACAAAAACUGUGGAUCUUGAGUUAGAAGCGAAAAUCGAAAUCUUAAGAGACACAAAGAGAAAGUAUGAGAACCUGCUUGCAUUGGCCAGAGCCCUUGCCACUCACUUCAGCAAUAUCAUCCAAACCCAGAAAGUGCUUGGUGAAGCAUUUGCUGAGCUCUCUGCUAAAUCACAAGAACUGCAGGAGGAAUUCCGUUACAACUCAGAAACGCAACACGUUUUAUCCAAGAAUGGAGAGAAUUUAUUGGCUGCUGUCAACUUCUUUAUAAGUGGAGUGACCACACUUUGUAGUAAGACAAUGGAAGAUAGUCUUAUUACUGUGAAGAGAUACGAAGCAUCAAGAUUAGAGUUCGAUGCAUAUCGAAGUGAGCUUGAGGCUCUAAACCUUGCACCAAGAACUGAAGCCAAUAUAAUGAAACAAGCGGUGGCACAAGGUGCAUUCAACAGUCACAAAGCAAAUUAUGAUAAACUACGAUCGGAUGUUGACGUGAAGUUGCAAUUUCUGGAUGAAAAUCGAGUGAAAGUAAUGCAGAAACAAUUGCUUCUUUUCCACAAUGCCAUAUCUGCUUAUUUUGCCGGGAAUCAACAAGAAUUAGAAUCUACACUCAAACAGUUUAACGUAAAAGGUUCCACUCCGGCAAUUGCCUCGCAAUCUUGGCUUGAAAAGGAGUAGAAACCACUGAACUAUAUACAGUUGCAGUACACGGUUAGUUACAGUUUUAUAAACCAAAGCAAAAACUUGACACAGCAGAGACUGCAUUAUAGGCAAAAGUUCUGAAUGUUUUAGAUUUAGAUUAAAUACUUCUGCUGCAUCCAAGUUUAAUGGAAUAGAAAUGACAUUUUGACUUCUUCGUAAAGGUAACAAAAAAAUCUCAAUUGACUAACUCUUUGUAGAAUCUGUGAUGGUUACUACUGUUUACUAUAACCAUGAGUUCUUCGGAAAAAAAAUUGACCAAAAAAUCUUGUUUGAUUUUCUAACACAGUUCAUUUGUGAAAAUUUCGCAAUUUUGGGGAUUUAGAUUAGCUUAUUUAAAAGGUGAUCAAUUCUCAAUGAAACACAGAAAACCUUCUUUCUUUGAAACCAUUCUUCAUUUGCUUUCGUAGAUUAAAUAUUUUGCAGUUAAAAAAAUCAUUCAUGUUCAAAUGUGAUUAUGCAGAUCAUCCAUCAAUUGUUUACUAAACACUUUGCAUUCACCUUUGUAAUGCAUUCCUAUUGCAUUUUUAUUAACUUAGUGUUUCUUUAUUGUAGAUUAUGUAAGCAGAUCGUUAUUAUAUCACUUCGGUAGCUAGUUUGAAUAUGUAGAUUUAUAUAAAAAAACUCUCGUUUUUUUAUCAACAACGAUGUGUAUAUUUUUGUUUUGCAAACUUAAGACAAAAUUUAAAAUAAUAAUCCAUAUGCUAAGACUUCAUAAAUUCAUUAUCUGUUCUAUUUUCUUUGAAAAAAAACAAACUAUAUAUUGAAUAAUUAAUUUGAUGUUACUUUCACAGCUAUAUAAAACGGUUAUUGUAAUUAAUAAUAACCAUUUCUUUUCUACAAAUUGUAAAUGUAUAAAACAUUGUCCAUUUUUAAAAUGUUUACGUAAGAAAUGUAUCUGGACAAAAACAACACAUAGUAUUUAACUAAAAACUUUGCCCUAUUUCGAUAUAUAAACGUGGUUAUUCUACCUAUACCUACUGUCUUGUAACCGCAACUUAUUUUAACAAUUUCGUCCCAAUAUAUUUGAAACCCGUUGUAUGUAGAAUAUGCUUGUGAUGUUUUUGCACAACAUUGUAAAGCCACUUUUGAUACAGAUCGUAUAUUUCCUUUCAACUCUUAACUUAUCCACUGCACUGAUAUAUAACUGUACAAAAGAUACACGUUCAUAAUCUGACACGACGACGCUGGGUGUAUUAUAUUUGGUGCCAACACAAAAAUAAAACAACUUUUUAGUUACAGUGACUUAAAUAAACAGAGUAGCU